AGUUUGUAAACCUUCACCCGGAUGUUGAUGAUUAUUUACAGGCGGGGAGAAUGGCUGACAUGGAAGAGCUGUUCGGUAGUGAUGGCGAUAGCGACAAUGAGCAACGAGAUUCCGGCUCUGGUUCUGCCUCUGAUUCGGAGCAUGAGAGACCCAGAUCUGCCAGCAACGCCUCUGGCAGCGAGAGUGACCGAGAUCAUGACGAAGAUGAGGAUGAAGAUGGGGGAAAGCCAAGCAAUAAAGAGCUGUUUGGAGACGACAGUGAAGACGAGCACGGAAGCCAGCACAGCGGCAGCCAAUCAGAACGAUCCGGCAACCAGUCAGAACGAUCCGGAAACCAAUCAGAACGAUCCGGCAACCAAUCAGAACGAUCCGGCAAUCAAUCAGAUGCGAGUAUGCACUCAGACAAUGAACACAGUGGUUCAGAGGGGCAUCACGAGGAGGACGAUGACGACAAUGUGAGGGGACACAGAUCAGAUGUGGAGAGUCCAGUCUCAGGAGCAGGAAGCCACAGGUCUGACAGAGGAAGUGGAAGUCCAGGGUCAGACGUGGGCAGCCCACGCUCAGAAGCAGGAAGUGGGCAUUCAGAUCCCGGCACUCCUCAUCCCAGCACACCUCAUUCAGAUGGAGACGGGUCAGGGAAAGAAGUCCAUUCCGGAGAUGAGAAGUGGGGUGGAAAAAGCGACCAAUCAGAGGACGAGGACAAACAGCAGAACUCUGAUGAGGAGCGGGAUCAUUCUGACAAUGAAGGGGGGAGACAAAAAUCAGAGUCAAUGAAGGGCAGUGACAGCGAGGAGGAAUUCACUCGCAAGAAAAAGAAAAGGCUAGCUUCAGACUCCGACUCCGAUUCUGACCCUGAAACAUCGGGUAAGAAGCCUGCAGCAAAUGAUCUGUUUGGGGAAGCAGAUGAUAUUUCAUCAGACAGCGAUGCAGAGAAGCCUCCUACACCUGGCCAACCAAUGUUUUCUUUUCUCUGUGCCGGAUUGCUGAUGUCCUAUACCCAGGCAUAGAUGUCCAUCCA